AUGUCCCUGCACGGCAAACGGAAGGAGAUCUACAAGUAUGAAGCGCCCUGGACCGUCUACGCCAUGAACUGGAGCGUGCGGCCCGACAAGCGCUUUCGCCUGGCGCUGGGCAGCUUCGUGGAGGAGUACAACAACAAGGUCCAGCUUGUUGGUUUAGACGAAGAGAGUUCGGAGUUUAUUUGUCGGAACACCUUCGACCAUCCGUACCCCACCACAAAGCUCAUGUGGAUCCCUGACACAAAAGGCGUCUAUCCAGACCUGCUGGCGACGAGCGGCGACUAUCUCCGCGUGUGGAGGGUUGGUGAAACAGAGACCAGGCUGGAAUGUUUGCUCAACAAUAACAAGAACUCGGAUUUCUGUGCUCCUCUGACCUCCUUUGACUGGAACGAGGUGGACCCUUAUCUUUUAGGUACCUCCAGCAUUGACACGACGUGUACCAUAUGGGGGCUGGAGACCGGGCAGGUGUUGGGGCGAGUGAAUCUUGUGUCCGGCCAUGUGAAGACCCAGCUGAUUGCCCAUGACAAAGAGGUCUAUGAUAUUGCAUUUAGCCGGGCCGGGGGUGGCAGGGACAUGUUUGCCUCUGUGGGUGCUGAUGGCUCGGUGCGGAUGUUUGACCUCCGUCAUCUAGAACACAGCACCAUCAUUUACGAAGACCCACAGCAUCACCCACUGCUUCGCCUCUGCUGGAACAAGCAGGACCCCAACUACCUAGCCACCAUGGCCAUGGACGGAAUGGAGGUAGUGAUUCUGGACGUUCGAGUUCCCUGCACGCCUGUCGCCAGGUUAAACAACCACCGAGCAUGUGUCAAUGGCAUUGCUUGGGCCCCACAUUCAUCCUGCCACAUCUGUACUGCAGCGGAUGACCAUCAGGCUCUCAUCUGGGACAUCCAGCAAAUGCCCCGGGCCAUCGAGGACCCUAUCCUGGCCUACACAGCCGAGGGAGAGAUCAACAACGUGCAGUGGGCGUCGACUCAGCCCGACUGGAUUGCCAUCUGCUACAACAACUGCCUGGAGAUACUCAGAGUGUAGUGUCGGUGGCGCCGUGCCCACGAGGCAGGGGCUUGUGUGUUUCCCGCCUCUGUCCCACCCCCAGAGUAAGAAGAAACGUGUUUCCGGUGGCCAGUACGUCUUUCAUCGCUUUGCACCCACUGUUCCCAGAAGCUGCUCUAGGAGUUCCCGGCCGGCCACCCCACCGCUCUCUGGGCCGGACUCAGUGCUGUGUGGCGCCUCCUCAGCCCAGGGCUGGGUUUUAAGAUUUCCUCUCUUCUCCUCAUCUCCGUUGGUUCCUCAAUUAAAAAUUUCUGUAUAUUUGUUUGUCAGCCGUUGUGUUAAUGAGCAUUGUGGGCACCGGCUCUGUUUGUAUUCAUCUGUCCCAGACGUCUCUGUCUGCUGCUGCCCGGGGCAGCUGUCUGUGUCCGUGUCCACGUGAGCACUUAGGUGGGAACAAACGCCAGUUCAAAGUUGUCUUUCUCUCUGUUAUCAGUGUCUUUAACAAACUCCAACUUUGUAUAUUUUUUAUCUAUCAGGCUAAUUUUUUUACGAAAAGAAUUUUACUCCCUGGUCUCUUCCUUUGUUUCAUAGCCCUCCCUGUUAGCACCUUCCUCUCUUCCCUCCCUGCCUGGAUCUGGCCCCAGGCCCUUGACCCCCAUGAGCAGUUUGCCUUCUUGAAUCACUGCCUGAGCGGAACAUACCUGACCUGGAGUCCCAAACCGCCUCGGUGCUCGGAAGUCAGCCAGCUCUCACACCUUGCUCAGCCUGGCUCUUCUCAAGGGCAUUCUGGGCUCCGAAACAGACAUGUGACUCCUUCUGUUACUCCCUGAAGUACCCCUGUCCAGCCCCCUGGGACCUCCUGGGCACAUGUAGUACCCCUGUCCAGCCCCCCAGGACCUCCUGGGCACAUGUAGUACCCCUGUCCAGCCCCCCGGGACUUCCUGGGCACAUGUAGUACCCCUGUCCAGCCCCCCGGGACCUCCUGGGCACGUGUUAGCGCUGAGCUAGCCAGGCUGAUUGGGGCGCCUGACUGAGGGGAACAGUGGCAGGAAAGCUGAGCUUAGAGCAUGUUUCCAGUACCUAGUUUAAGAGUCUGUUUUUCCCUCCAGGUAUAAGCCCCCAGCCAUUCUCUUUCAUGUCUUGAAUGAUAGGCAAGAAUGAAGUAUAAGCUGAACUUCAGUAUCUCUGUUUGUUUAGUUUACUGUGACUGGCAGUAUAUUGGCCACUCUUUGGAUAGAGUGCUCUGAGGUGAGAGAGCCCUGCUUGACAGGUGCACAAUCUGAGCACCUAGCCUGAACAGGAUCUCCUUUAGAGUGUGGGAGACUGUCAGCUCUUGCAAAGGAUGGACCAAUAGGUUGUGGUGAUCCCAGGCCAUCAAUUAUAUAGAGAGCAAGAAAAGCUUCAGAGACCCAGGGUCAGCCAGUUCAGAACUCCACGAACCCCUGUCAGCCACCCUGACCCCAGUUUAGGUUCUGAGCAGUACAGGAUUGUAGGCUGUGGGUGUCUGUUUCCGUUAUAUGAACGAGUUCCGUGGAGGGGGCUUGUGUGUGAUUCCGGUGGUAGGUGAAUCCUUGGGCAGGCAGAGUUGGGGACAUGCUCAGAGUCAGGGCGGGGGGUGAGGGGGGAAGCUUGCCGCGCUCUGCCAAGUGCCGGAAGGUUUCUGAGACCCUCUGAGUUGAGCAUCCGAGAGUAGGAGAGAAGCAGACCUUGAGGCCAAUGGUUUUGUCCAGUUCUCAUCUGCUUUUGAGAAACAAAGCAGUUAGCUUUGUUCUUCUGGGCACUUAAACUCUCUUGGUUGAGUCCUCCUUUUCAGAAGCAGAUGUAUUUGUAUCCCCAAAGUCAUAGCUCUUUGCUUUAAUACACGGGGGCUUGUCCCAAAGAAAAAGGCUCUUUUUUUCAGUCAGGGUAUUUCCCCUUCUCCCUUUAUGCUUUGUUCUGAGGCUCUUUGGAUGGCCGUCUGCUUGAGGUCAUCAUCUCUCCUGCACUUACCACCAGAUUUGCACUGCAUCAUUUGGAGAUGUAAAGCAAACAGUUCUUGGUCAGAACCCUCCUCUGCUUGUUAUUGUGUUUGAUGGUUCCAGGGUCCUUCCCUCAAGGGUAGCAAGUCUAAAUUGAAUGUCACUUGCUCUAGGAGGCCAUCAGUUCCUUCCUGUGGAAAAGGGUCUGAAAUGGAGGUCUAGUGGUCGAGGGGGCUGGUCCUGCUGGGGCAGGGCUUAACUACACUGAGUUCUGAGUUAAGAUUCCUUUCCUGAUCUGCACUUUCGUGUUCUGAGUGGUGAGAAGAUUUUUCCACUCUAACUUGAAAAUAAUCUGGAGAAAAAAAAUUAGUUAAUAAGAAUAGGGAUAUAUUUGGAUAAAGUUGCUAUUUACUGUGGAAACCAACAACUUUGAAUGUUUUUUUCCCUUGCCCUGCAGACUCCCAGCCUUGUCACCCUCCUUAGGCCCUGCAGUGUGGUCUGGUCCUCUUCCUUUCAACAUCCCACCUGGGCCCAGGUGAGACUCCCCAGUCCCCCCAAGCAGACACAGACACACUGUAGCUGGCAUGCUGGGAUUUUGAAGUCCCGGCUCCCUCACCCUCCCUUUAUGCCAUGGGUCAGAUGGCCUUAUGGCUGAGGAGGGGAUUUCUGUAGUCUCAGGAUUUAGAAAGCCUCUUAGUCAGCCACGCUACAGGAAGCAGAGAUCUGUUGUAGUUUCAAAAGCAAGUGUUUGUUUAAUUUGUUUAGGUUCUCAGAUGGCCAGCCAGCGAGAAUAGGUUGGGAGGCUCUGCCUCUGCUCUCCUUGAACAUGAGAAGAGCCGCUGCCGGGACGGCACUGGAAAGGGUGCCGCAGCGCCUCUGGGCUCUGGCGCUCUGGGCGGUGGCCCUUUGACAUGCUCCUGGCCCCCUGAGCCGCAGCCGCCUUUGUUUUCCUUGUCUGCUCUGAGGGGAGGGGGGUGCUGAAUAAAUGAGGCCUCAGGUUCCCCAUCAGAGAGCUGGUGAAUGGAUCCAAGUCCUUCAAGAGCUUGGGUUGUUUACACCCAGGAGAGUCAGAAGCCUCUCUUUCCAGGGAGGAACCAGGCUGAAAGAUGAGGACUUGAAGAGGGAAGAUAUUUGAUAACCAGGUGAGAAUUUCUUAUCAGAACCAGGAUCGGCUCUCAGAGAACUGGUUAAGAAACAGAAAACAUGAAGACUCCAAUGAGUUUUUGAUGACAGGUGUGGCUGAAAUUUUAGGAGGAGAUUUAGGAUGUGGGAGAAAAGCAGUGGUAACAAAGGAGAAAAUGUUAGAGGGCAGUAAAGGUCUGAGCUGGGGAAGCAUUCAGACUGUCUGUCAUGUGGCCGUGGAGUGAGACCUUGCUCUCGGCCUGGGUCAGCCUUCCUGGACUGUUCAUCAGGUGCCUGUGAUGCGGGGUAACUGGGGACAGGGUGACAGGGGGACCCCUUCCUGCUGCAGUUCAGCCCUAGUGUCGUUUGGUGGUAGAAACUUGCAGGAGUGGGAGUCCCUCGAUCAUUCCAGACCAUGGUUCUUCUUGGUUGUAGGUUUGUAGAGAGCAGAAGCAGAGGUUGUAAACAGUCAUGCUGACUUUCCCCCCUCCCUUUUCUCUUUUCUCUUCCUCUUUACCUUCCCACUCCCUUUCCACUGUAGAACUUUGUCCCUGCUGCAACCUGGGCCUUGAAUUCCUAGGCUAUAAGGUGUGCAGGAGCUGCAGGGUCUACCAACCAUGGGAGGCCAGCCUAGUAACUUCCCUCCACCGUCCCCAGCUCCUUUGACUUCCUGACUUGGGAGAAGGGAGACCAUUAAAGUAGAAGCCCCAAAGCAGCCUCUCCCCUUUCCUGUCUGUGUUCCAGGAUGAGGAGGGAGGGUCAUGCUUGGCACUGAAGUUGGGUUUUCCCUGGGAGGAAAGCUGAGCUGAGCAGUCACUGUGAACCCUGGGCCAGGCUCUCCAAGAAUUGCCAUCCCUGCACUGGCUCGGCCAGCUACUCAGUGUUGCAGAGCCUCGGCCUCUUUUCCCACCGUUGUCAUUGCUACUGGUGGUCAAAGUCAAAUGUGUGGCCACAUGGGAUGGGCCAGCUCCUCUCAGGCUACUUCCUGGAUGUGAUAUUUUAAGUAUAGAAACAUGCAGGUGCCUUCCCAAGAGGCUUGGACUGGUGUAUCAAGCCAGAAACAGAUCAGCUAAUCAAAGUAUAAACUCAAGAGGAAGGAGGAUGCUGGCAGUCUGUGUAAGAGCUGGAAAACUUACAAGUACUGGCCUUUGGGAAAACCCAGUGAAUAAGAACGUGUGAUACCUGCUAUUUAAAAGAAUGUUCUCACCUUGGGUUGAUUGUGGUAAUACAGUGUGUUAUGAAACUUGUGGAGCUAAAGCUUUGACUUGCUUGAGUCGAAUAUGGAUCAUUUGAUAUGGUUCCUGUGUAUUUGAUGACCCCUCUGUCAGUGACUUUCCAUCCUUCCUCCCCCGAGCGUGAAUUUGUAGCAUGAUUGUACAAAUUUCUAUGUAGAGAAAAUGGAGAUUCCUUGUUCUCUGAAGUGUUAAGCGCUAGCCAAUCCAUUUCUGUCCCCUUUAGCCUAGUGUGUCUGAACUUAAUUUCCUGUUAUAUAUUUAAAGUUUUCCUCUACAUUAUAGGUUUUGUGGCAUCCCAUGGUCAGGUGGAGAGGAAGCUGCCCCUUGCAGAACUGUACUGUAACCAUUUUUUUAAAAAAACAUUAUUUUCACAGGAUUGAUUAUACACAGGGCUUGUAAAAAAUUUUUUAACACUGUGCUGUGAAACCAUGAUGGUAAAUCUCCAUUGAAGGCUACUUCAAAGGUACCUGAAAGUGGAGUGUUAUAUCUAUGAUUUUAUUUCUUGCUUCCUGAGUAUAUUAAACCUAAUUUUCACCCUUUCA